AUGCUGAAGAUGAUUGAGGCUACUUCUCUUCAGGACAUGAUUGAGCUACUGCUGUGGAAAGUGGGAGUGCAGUAUCUGGGAUUAGAUGGAGAGAAAAGCUCUGAUGGAUUUGACCUUUCAGCUGAUCCUCAAUUGCUAUAUGCUUGUAAGGUUGACGUGUGGAGAUACAAAAGAGAAGCAAGUCCAAAUGUGCGGGGUCCACCUGCACUUGUGUGCAAUUUCUCUCAGUUGGAAGAGAAGCUACAGGCUGGUUACAAGGCGACAACUGCCGGAAAAUUUUCUGAAGCCCUUCGACAUUUCGUCGCUAUUCUUCAAACAAUUCCAUUUAUUGUUGUCGAGUCACGAAGAGAGGUGGAUGAAGUUAAAGAAUUAAUUAUCAUUGUAAAGGAGUAUGUUCUGGGUUUGCAGAUGGAACUUAAGAGGAAGGAAUUGACUGACAAUCCUGUUCGUCAGCAGGAAUUGGCUGCUUAUUUUACCCACUGCAAGCUCCAACUUCCUCACCGGAGACUAGCACUCUUGAAUGCCAUGACUGUUUGCUAUAAAGCACAAAACCUGAGCACUGCAGCCCAUUUUGCCAGGGAACUUCUGGAGACCAAUCCAGCUGCUGAAAACCAAGCCAAGAAAGCCCGUCAAGUUCUGCAGGCGGCCGAGAGGAAUAUGAGAGAUGUUACACCACUGAAUUACGACUUCAGAAAUCCUUUUGUGGUGUGUGGGUCCACGUACACCCCAUUAUACCGGGGGCAGAAGGAUGUUACUUGCCCUUACUGCAGUGCACAUUUUGUUCCAUCGCAGAAAGAGCAGCUUUGUACAGUUUGUGAGCUUGCAGAGGUAGGAGCUGAUGCAUCUGGUUUAGUCUGUUCGACAUCACAGAUCAGAUGA